AACAACGACACCCUAACCACCCUGCUCUACUUAAACUAAGACAUUAUUGAAACCUCCGCACUUCACUGUCUUCAUUUUCUCAAUUGCUCUGACCAUGGAUCGAAUCCAGCACAAGUUCAUAACCGUGGAAGGCCUCAAGCUCCACGUCGCCGACGUCGGAACAGGUCCCAAUGUGGUCUUGUUCCUGCACGGAUUCCCAGAAAUAUGGUACAGUUGGCGCCACCAGAUGAUUGCUGCUGCUGACGCCGGUUUCCGGGCCAUCACCCCCGACUACCGUGGACACGGUCUUUCCGACUUACCGGCCGAACCGGACAAGGCUUCCUACCGUGACCUUGUCAGUGACGUCCUUGCUAUUCUUGAAGCCCUUUCUAUUACUAAGGUUUUUGUUGUGGCAAAAGAUUAUGGAUGUUGGCCAGCAUAUAUACUUGCUCUUCUUUACCCAGAUAGGAUCUUGGGAGUUGUAACACUAGGAGUGGCAUACAUUCCAGCUUCAAGUCGUCCCAGUUUCACGGAAUCCCUCCCGGAAGGGUUCUACAUCUCAAGAUUUCGAGAACCAGGCAGGGCUGAAGCUGAUUUUGGGCGUUUUGAUGGGACAACAGUUUUUCGUAAUAUUUACAUCCUUUUCUCCAGUAGUGAAAUCCCAAUAGCUGCCGAAAACCAGGAGAUCAUGGACUUGGUUGACCCCUCAACACCUCUUCCUCCUUGGUUCUCUGAGGAAGAUCUUAAAGCAUAUGGUGCUUUAUAUGAGAGAACAGGUUUUCAGACUGCAUUGCAGAUCACAUAUAGGUCCAAGUCAGAUAACAUGGGUAUAACAGAGCUACUUGUUAAGGUUCCGGUGCUUGUUAUAAUUGCAGAGAAGGAUUACUUUCUAAAGUUUCCAGGGAUAGAGGACAGUAUAACCAGUGGAAAGGUGAAAGAGUUUACAUCUGAUUUGGAGCUUGUGUAUAUGCCAGAGGGAACACAUUUUGCUCAAGAACAAUUUCCAGACCAGUUCAAUCAGCUAAUGCUCACCUUCCUCAAAAAGCACAUCUGAUUUCCCCAAAUGAAGUUUUAUGUAUGGUUUUAGAGAGAUUAUGUGAAACUCUUAAAGGAUUAUGAUGUGGAAGUUAGAAUAAUCUGUUGCGGCAUAUAAUUUUCUGAAGUACUAAAAUAAGGUAAUAACUUCAUUUUGAAGUCCAUUAUAAGACUAGUGUAGGGGUUUGAAUUCGGAUGUGGCUGUAAUUGUUUAAUUCCGAUCACUAUCAGAAUGUGUGAGGGAAGGGUUGAUGGUAUAACGGUUCCAGUAAGCAAAA